UUGGGUUUGAAGGCAGAGGAGACGGAAGUUGCUUUGCUUCUUCACCUCCACUCGGCCCCGGCGGAAACUCCAGCGCUGGAAGAGAGGUUCCGGGGCUGGCCUGGGCCGGAGGCGGCAGAAUGGAGAGCGGGCCCGAGGACGGGGAACUGAGCCGCCGCCCGACGCUGGCCUCCUCCUGGGAUGCCGCCUGCGGAGCCCUGGCCCAGAGCCUCCGUCUCGCCCGGGCUGGUGUCGGCGCCGGGGACUUCGACUGGGAGGAGCUGCUGGCGCCGCCUGCCCCGGGCCGAGGUCUGGUGAUCUUGAGGAGCAGCCUGAACGGCCGAGAUGAAAAGCCCUGCUUCCUUUACCUGAGAUGCGACCCCGGCGGAGGGGAAGAAAUCGUUUCUGUGGGCGUGUUGAGUUCGGCGAGAAACAUGGAAGUGUACUCAGGAGACGAGUACUGGGGAACCGGUCGGGGCGAGCAUGUCUGCAGUGUUCGGGAUGACAGUGAACAUGAAAUUAUUCUCUACAAAAAAUAUUUAAAAUUGGAGUCCUCCACUCAUGCUUGUAAAAUAAAGUUGCUCUCCUUUGGUGAAAAGCAGCGUGUGUUCAUCAGUAAGGUCGUGGUACACCUGAAGCUCGUAUCAGCAAAUUCUUCAACAAGCUCUCCUGCUCUGGGAUCAAGGAUAGACCUUGAGAGGGUCCAAACCAUCAUGGAGUCCAUGGGGUCUAAGUUAUCACCUGGAGCUCAGCAAUUGAUGAAUAUGGUUAGAUUUCAGCAGCAGAAUUGUAUUCCCAUUGGAGAUCAGCUUCAGUUGGUUUUGGGAAAUACUGGAUACAAGCAUAUCAUUGACCUACAAUCAUCAUCUACCUCAGGAGCCUGUGGCAAGUCAUCCUCCACACCUUUUCCUUUUAGAACUGGAUCGACAUCUGGAAACAUGACUAAAAACUUGAAAGCUUACAUUACUAAAAGUACGCAGCCACCUGGUGGAGGAAAUAUUACAAACCUCAAAGAGUGUAAAAUUGUGCCACAAAACCAUUCUCUUCUUGAGAAUGAUUUUAAGGAUGCAGUAUCUUCUUUCCUAUCAAAGAAAGCAAGUGACAGCUCAAGUAUACCUAACUCUGAGUUGCUGCCUUUUCUCCAGAAUUUAUGUAGUCAAGUUAACUAUCUCCGUGUGGGACCUAACACCAAGUGUCCGGAAAACAUCACCAAGCCCAGUGAAGGCAUUGUUGGUGUUGCAAUGAAAGAACAACCUGUUUGCUCCUACUUGGAGAAGGUUCUUUCUAAAAAUAUGGAACUGAUGGAAAAGAAACUUAUGGACUACAUCGAUCAGCAAAUGUAUAAACUCCAGGAGCACAUAGAUAAUAAGAUUGCCUUGUUAAUGGACUUGCUGCAAAAUCCCAACUCCCCACCCACUGGGAUGUCUCUAAGACAUUAUGACUCUGGAGAAAGACUUUCAAAUGGAGAAAGAUAAGUGCUCAACAUGUACCGUGUACUACAGAUAUUUAUUACAUAUUUAUUACAAAGUCAAAACCCCAGAAAAGUUUAUGAAAAGCAAGUAUUUAAUGUCGUUUGAAGGAUCACCAUUUACUUACAUAAAAUGACCUCUGUGUUCAUUUUCACUGCACUUAUUGUUGUAACCUAGUACUGUACACUAAGAGUUAACAUGACACGGUCAUAAAUUAUUUUAGUUUGCAAUAUUGUUCACUCUUACAGAAAUUUAUGUAUACUUCUGGGUUAAGUGUUUAAAAUUUUUGAGUUUCUAAUGCAAUUCAUUAGUUUGUAUUAUAUGUGUGUUUGAAGUACUGUUUUAAUUUAUACAGAGACUGUUUUAGGGGUAUAAAAAAAUGCUCAGAGUGUGUGUUUGAUUCUUUUUCUUUUUCUAAUUGAUUGUUCUUGGAAAACUGGGUACUUAAGACUUGCAGCCUUUAAUUUCAGAUCACCAAAUCACAUUUUAUAUCAUUGAUUUUGGAUAAAAAAAAUUAGAUGUUAUGUUUGGCAUGUGUAAAAUCAGUUUACAUUGAGGCCGCUAAUUUUAUGUUCUGUCGCAUUGUAGCUGGAGAUAGGAAAGUAAAAAUCAGAACUGGCCAAUUCCUUGUUAGGAUUAUUACUUCAGAUUUAGUGUUUGAUGUAAAAUGAGAGAAGUCAUCUUAUUUUAUCUCAGUAAACCCAGAAAGUAUAAGGAACUCCUUUUCUGAGCUGAUACAGGUUCUUUUUUCUAGAGCCCUCUCUGGUUUGUUUAAAGUGUGAGGUGCUGUGGUUCUGCAUUGAAGGAUUAAGGCAUAUGAGUCAAGGAGAGUGCAGUUCUCUCUGGCAGACUUAAUUUUCAGAAAUUAUAACUAUUGUAUAUGUGUUGAAGGGGAAUAUAUUUGCAUCUAAAAAAUAAAUACAUCCACUCUGGAAACUACUUGUCUUAAAUAAAUAGAAAUAUUUUCUUUUCAUCUAAUAUUCAUUUAAGAUGAAAAAGGAUGUUUUAUCCUCAAUAUUUUGGCGAAUUUUGUUCUUUAAAGUGAGAAUUAAUGUAAUGUUUGUUCCUUUAUGAAUCACUCUGACCUCAGUGACAUGAGGACCUGUAUAUGACUUUAUCAGGCUUUUCCUAAUUUAUUCCUAACAUGUAACAUUUCUUUCAGCACUCAGGAGAAAUGUGUCUCACUUAAAGCUGAACCCUUUCUCUAAUACAGCUUCAGAGAGUUGUGGUCUGUUCUUUGAUUCCCAAAUUGCCUCAAUAUAGUUAUAACCAGAACAUGUACGCUAUGUUUUACAAAAUGACUAAAAUAAAUACAAUGUUCAUGAUUAUAGUACUAGAAAUAAUGCAGAUGAGCUUUAAUUCCUGAUCUUCCAUUUCUUAAUUUUUCUGUUAAUGAAGACCUAAAUUACAUUUUAUAUACAUUAGAA